GUGAAAGCAGUGGGAAACAGAAACACUAUGGCUGCCACUCUGUCUCUUACUCAGCUCUCCAGUGGAAAUCCCAUCUAUGACAAAUACUACCGGCAGGUUGAUCCCACAGGCAGUGGGCGGGUGGCAGCAGCAGAUGCAGCUCUGUUCCUGAAAAGGUCAGCCUUGGCCGACUUGGUCCUGGGGAAGAUCUGGGAUUUGGCAGACUCUGAACGGAAGGGGGCUCUCAACAAACAGCAAUUCUUUAUAGCGUUGCGGUUGGUGGCCUGUGCUCAGAAUGGCCUGGAGGUGGCGCUCAAGAGCCUUAAUGUGGCUGUUCCUCCCCCCAAAUUUCAUGACACAAGUAGCCCGCUGUUAGCAGGAGGAGGGACCAAUGAUAUGCCCUGGGUUGUCAAGCCUGAGGAAAAGAUGAAGUUUGACUCCAUCUUUGAAAGUCUGGGUCCAGCAGGAGGAAUGCUAACAGGAGACAAAGUCAAGCCCGUCCUUCUAAACUCCAAACUGCCAGUGGACAUCCUGGGCAGGGUGUGGGAACUCAGUGACCUCGACAGAGACGGCAUGUUGGACAGAGACGAGUUUUCUGUGGCCAUGUAUCUGGUGUACAGAGCUCUGGAGGGAGAGCCUGUCCCCAUGUCCCUACCACCUCCCCUGGUUCCACCCUCCAAGAGGAAAAAACCCUCUGUGCCUCCUGUGGUGCCUCCUGUGAUGCCCCUGUUACCCUCACCCCCCUCCGCCAAAGAAAGUCGCUCCUCCCUUGCUGCCUCUAAGACCAUGCCCCACCCCCCUAAAUCAGUCCCAGCUCCAGUCCCAGCUCCUGUCCCAGCACCAGCAGCUGCCCCUGUGAGUACGGGACCUGCCGCGCCUGUGCAUGCAGCAUCUGAAAAGUGGGUGGUGUCACCAGCAGACAAAGUCAAGUAUGAUGAACUCUUCAAUAAGACAGAUGGUGACAUGGAUGGGCUAGUGUCUGGACCUGAAGUCAGAGAUAUUUUCCUCAAGACUGGGCUUCCGUCUGCGACACUCGCACGCAUCUGGGAGCUCUGUGACAUUGGAGACAUAGGAAAACUGACCCGAGAACAGUUUGCCCUGGCUCUUCAUCUAAUCAAUCAGAAGUUGACGAAAGGCCAGGAACCUCCGCAGAACCUCUCCCCAGAGAUGAUUCCUCCCUCUGACAGACAAAACAUCAAACAGAACAAUGCGGCAAACCUGGCGGCUGACUUCUCUGCCAUCAAGGAGCUGGACUCUCUCAGUAAUGAGAUAGUUGAGCUACAAAGGGAGAAAAGCUCAGUGGAAGACGAGAUCAAGGAGAAGGAGGAGGCCAUCAGACAGCGCACCAGUGAAGUGCAGGACUUACAGGGUGAGGUGGCGAAGGAGAGUGAGGAGCUGCAGCGGCUCCAGACUCAGCGUCAGAAAGUACAGGAUGCUUUGGAGGAGCUGGACCAACAGAAGGGCUCCCUGGAGGAGCAGCUGGCUCACAUUCGCCAGCAGACCAGCCAAGAGACCCAACUGAUUUCAUCACUGCAGUCGGAGCAUGAGGAACAGGAACAGAGGAUAUGUCAGUAUGAGGAGGAGCUGGUUCAGGCUCGAGAGGAGCUCCUGGCUUUGCAGGAGGAGAGCAGGAUGCUGCAAGAGAAGGUGCAGGCCGCUCAGGAGCAGCUCACACCUCUACAGGAAUCUGUGCGCGACUCCUUCACACAAGUUGCACAGGUUCAGCAGAAACUGAACGACCUUCAGGUGGAAGAGAGGUCAGUGACUGCCCAGCUCAGCUGGAAGAGAGCCCUGGAGGACAGCUCUCCUGUCAUGGUCAAUGGAUCAGCAGGCCCUACAGCAGGGCCACAUCAUGAGGACCUCUUCCAGCAGGAACUUUACCAGGAGGACCAGCCUAAAGAGCUGAAAGAGGAGGAACCAGCUGCUAUGAGCAAUCUUCAGAAAGAACAUUCAGAUGAGAAAGAGACAGAAGGAGUGAACGAGAGAGAAGAGGAAGAAGGGAAGGAGGAAGACAGACCUAAGACACCAGAGGAGGAAAAGCUGAAACGUGAUGCUUUGGAUGAUCUCUAUACAAGUCUAGCCUCCUCUGAGAAAUAUAGUAAUAUCAGUAAUCUUUCUAAAGUUGCCAAGCCACUGGAGAACACUGUUAGGGAACACAGUAGCCCUAUACCCGAUGUCUCUUCAGAAGUCAUAGAUGAUGCUGAGGAAUCACCUAAGACCAGCCCACCAAAGGUUGCAUCACCAGAGCCAGAGAGCCAACAGGAGCCUGCAGAGUCCCCAGAAACCACCGUCACCUCAGUUCCACCUCAAGUCGGACCUCGCUCCAUGCCGCCCCAGACCAACCCACCAUCCCUGCCUGAGAUGGACUUCUUCCAGUCAGAUCCCUUUACUGACCAUGAUCCAUUCAAAGAUGAUCCGUUUGGAAAAGCAGAUGUUGCAGCAGACCCUUUCGGAGGAGAUCCAUUCAAAGGGACAGACCCCUUUGCUGCAGACUCUUUCUUCGCACAGACCUCCAGCGCCCCCUUUCCCUCAGAGGACCCGUUUAGUACCACUACCACCGACAUGCCAGAACCAGACCUGUUUGCAGCCAAGCCAAAUGAUGCUGCAGCUGCACCGGCAGAGGAUCCAGAUCCCUUUACCUCCAAACCCACCAAUCCAGCUCUAGCAGCCAAGGAUCCAUUCAGCUCUACAGGGAAUCAUAUGGCUGAUUCUGACCCUUUCAGUGGCAAAAUGAAUGCCCCAGGGGAGGCAGAUCCAUUUGGUUCUCAGGACGGAGGGACAGAUCCCUUUAACUGCUCUCCACCAAGCUCUGAUCUGGCUUUGAAGGACACUGCAGCAACCAAUGACCCGUUUGCUCCAGGCGGUACUACAGUGAGCGCCAGCUCAGACCCUGACCCAUUUGCUGCUGUGUUUGGUAAUGAGUCAUUUGGAGGGGGCUUUGCCGACUUCAGUGCCUUGGCAAAGUCAAACGGUACUGACCAGUUUGGCAUCAACAAUAAGAACCUGUUCCAGGAUGACAACCAGUCUGCUGGCCCUGACAUGCCCCCAGCCCUUCCCCCAAAAACGGGUACGCCAACAAGACCCCCCCCUCCACCUCCAGGUAAGAGAUCCUCCAUCUCCAGAACAGAGUCCUCUGACUCCUUCCAUCGACGAGGGCAUUUCCUCCCACAGACUUCCGGAGAGUUCUCCUCCUCUUCCUCCUCCUCUUCCCUGCCUGCCAAGGAUCCUUUAGCCGACCCCUUCGCCCCCUCCUCCCCUCCUCGUCACAACGUACGGGAAGCUGAUCGAUUUGCCAGCUUUGACAAAUAUCCAACAGAGGAAGACAUGAUAGAGUGGGCAAAGCGCGAGAGCGAACGAGAGGAAAAGGAGCGACUCGCCAGGCUCACCCAGCAGGAACAAGAAGACCUGGAGCUGGCCAUCGCUCUCAGCAAGUCUGAACUCUCCUGAGGAGCUCAUUUCCCCCUUCUCCCCUCCCACAUCUCCCCUCCACUGGCCCGGCACAGCACAGCACAGCCCGGCCUAGCCCAGAAAGCACCAAAGCAACGUGGGGACUGUAUAGGACUGAUUCAGCAGAACCUGCUGACCCCAUGAAGAGACUUUCUUAGAGUAAACCCAUCUCUGAAUCUUUCAACGACCUUUUCCCCCAGACUGCGUUCACCGUACAGUGGCGUUGCAGUUCUGCCUUUUCCCAACAUGUUGGUCUGUGUGGUUUCGAACAGAGGAGAGGUCGGUGAUGAAGUGUAUGUUGUUAAGAAUGGAUUGUUCAAAAUGAAAUGCAGUGAAUAUGGAUUUAGAGAUUGUCAAGUAUUAAGAUUUUAAUGUUCUGUUGAUUUCAACACCGGGCUACAAGUGCUGCAUUAUUACUCCAGAAUGUAAUUUAUUUAAACAUGCACUUAGUCUGGUCUUAAUCCACUAACCAAACCCACUAUCCAGUCUAAGCUCUCACUAGUUUCUACAUUUAUGUUGAGGAUUUCAUUUUGUGAAGCACGAAAAUCCCCAAAUUUCCCUCAGCUUAACUGUUGAUGUUUUGAUGUGAACUGUGUGCAAAAUGUCAACAGAUGAGCUGGCAAAGAAGCUGUUAGGGUUUUGGAAGCUCUAAAAUAAAACCUAGAAGUGAAAGUCGUUGCCCUUUGAAAUGUGGUAACCAUAUAUUUUUCCAGUCUUGUACAACAACAGAACAGCCUCUGAGAUUGUUUUUUUUUGAGAUAGGAUUCAACAUUUUUACCCUUUUAAACUGGAAGUUACCAGUGAAAUGCACAUGAAGAUUUAUACUAAAAUGAAACAUAACAGAUCCAUCGCAGCCCUUUCCCUUUCAGCUCCUAGAAACUGUUUUUCUUUCAACUUUUGGUUGUGCCUUGCUUUUCCCUGCGUUUGUUCUGUCUUAUGUUAAAGUUCUUUUUAUGGGAGAUAAAGAAAGGAAUGAAACUACCAACCAUAAAAAGUAAAGACUACAUGUUAAUUUGCAUUAAAUUCAGGGCACACUACAGUGGAUGGCAGAACGUAAGUGCACAACAAUGUUUGGGAUGUAAAACAUUGUUUAAACACUUGAUAUGUGACAUUUAAAUAAUGCAUCUCUAAAAUUGGGAUUUUGCCACCCAAAAACGUCUCAUCUUUUAAAUAAUUUGAUAACUACAUUCAUACAUUUUUGUAAUAAACCAUCAUUUAAGAGCAAUAUCUGAGACAUUUUACAAAUGUGGCAUGAGAUUUUUUUAUUUUGUACUUGUUUUGGUUAGUUUAGACACCAAUAAGUUUAAAAAUAUAAAAUGGGAUGUCAUAGAUGAAUGUAUGGACAUGGAAAAAACAGAUUUACACUCACUUUACAUGAUCUGUGCAUCCAUACUUUAAAUAAAUAACAUUAAUUGUACUGAUAAUCCUUAAUGAUCCACAUAAGGAACCUCCUGUCUUGCUCCAAGAUAUAACUACUUAUUUUAUGAGAAUUGUAUAAAAAUGAUCUACUUCCUGAAGUCGGACAGAUUUAACGCAUUUCAUCAAAUAUUACACCAGGUCUCAUUUCAAAGUGUGCUACUGCUGUUGUUUGUUAGCAUUUGUACGAUUAUUUUUUUUGCAGGAUAUUCUUCCUCUCUUAAUGAUAACUGGAUUUCAGAGUCUUACACAUAGUCAGUAAAAUAUGCUUAAUGCCUGUGUUGUCUUCUGUCUGUGCACCUUACUCUGUGAGGAGAAACCCACACAGCAGUUGGCUGUUCUGUAACUCCUCUUCUGUUAUGUUCACCGCCCUUACCCCACCAAAAAAGAAAAGUUACUUAACACUGCUAAACUGUGACAGAAGGUUUUCAUUUGUCAUUUUCUGACCAAAUAAGGAACAACAUUUUGGACAGCUCUUCCUGUUCUGUCUCUUCAGCCUUGUCAUGGAUUUCCUCUUUUCAUAUUUAACCAGUUUACUGUAUGUGGCUGAUGCAACAUUUCCUACUGAGUGCAGAUCAUAUAUAUUGUAAAUACAAGAGAACAGGAUUUGUCGCCUGUCUCUUCUUCACCUUAACAGCUGACUCUCUUGUUAUACUGUAUGCGUUUUCAUUCUCUUGCAUGUAAAGGCCACCGGUUACUGUCAUUUGUACAGAGUACAUGAAUUUUCCAAACCAAGAACCACUUUGUAGGCUUACCCAUACAGGCUUUUUAAAACUCAAGCUAAUUGUAUUUUAUUUUGUAUUUUCUAACGUGUAAGAAUAAUCAUUAUUGGGAGGUUUGGACAGAAUAUGUUAUGCAUUUAAUUGAAACAGAAUAAAAGUUUAAAAAUGUC